AUUCUGGCAAGAAUUUCAGUUAGCCAAUAGAAUUGUUACGGAACACAACACGGUACGCGGAAGUUCAGUGAGUUCUAGUGGCAUAUGUCGUUUUUUUAAAUUCCACAAAAACUAACGUAUAAAUGCUUUUGAUUUCGGGAGUGAUCGAUCGAAACAGUGAAGUGUUUGAAUAAAAACCCAUUAAAUAAUUAAAAUCCCAUUAGAGUAUAAAAAAAUAUGACAUCGUGGUAUACGGGAUAUGUACCAAAUUGGUUUAAUCGUUUCUGGCAGCCUAAUCCUCCCAUAAAUCCGUAUCGCAGUAUAAGGCCACCACAUGCCGCCUCGGAUGCUGUCAUUAGAGUCAUUAGCGUUGAUUUGUAUCGGGGUGAAAAUCAUGACGAACAUCACACGGAUCAUUUCUAUGCGGCCAAGGAUGCUUUGAUUGUGCGUCGCGGUGAGCCCUUCCGUAUUCGCUUGAAUUUCAAUCGUGAUUAUAGUCCCAGUCGUGAUGCCAUUAGUUUUAUAUUCACCGUUGCCGAUGAUAAGAAACCCAAUCCGGGGCAUGGAACGCUAAUUGGUUUGGUGCCAAGGGAUGGUAUCGAUUAUUUGGGUGAUCCUUUGGAGUGGGGUGCCGGUAUUGAGGCUCACGAACCAAAUAGCCUGACAUUGUUAAUAAAACCCGCUGCAACAUGUCCUGUAACGGAAUGGAAAAUGGACAUUGACACCAAGUUGCUGGGGGAUGGCUCCAAAUCGUUUACCUUGCCCGUGCCAAUGUAUGUGCUAUUUAACCCAUGGUGUCCGGAUGAUCAGGUGUAUAUGACCGAUAGAGAUCAGCGCAAGGAAUAUGUAAUGCAUGACACCACGUUGAUAUGGCGCGGUUCAUAUAAUCGUCUAAGGCCUUCAGUUUGGAAAUUGGGACAGUUUGAAAGACACAUCCUGGAAUGUUCCAUAAAAUUGCUGGGCACAGUGGGUCGGGUGCCAGCAGCAUUUCGUGGUGACCCAGUGCGGGUUGCACGUGCCCUAUCGGCUGCUGUAAAUUCCGUCGAUGAUGAUGGCGUCAUUUUGGGUAAUUGGACGGAAGAUUUCUCCGGUGGCAUUGCUCCAACCAAAUGGAUUGGUUCCACGGAGAUUAUUCAGCAAUUCUAUAAGACCCAGAAACCGGUGAAAUUUGGUCAAUGUUGGAAUUUCGCCGGGGUUUUGACCACAAUUGCCCGUACAUUGGGUAUACCUUCGAGAAUUGUAACAUGCUACUCCUCUGCCCAUGAUACCCAGGCCUCGCUGACUGUGGACAUUUUCAUUGAUGAGAACAACAAGAAAUUGGAUGCCGAGACUACCGACUCCAUAUGGAACUAUCAUGUUUGGAAUGAGGUUUGGAUGACCAGACCCGAUUUGGGGGUGGGGCAAAAUGGCCUUAGCUAUGAUGGCUGGCAAGCGGUGGAUGCCACGCCACAGGAAGCCUCCGAUAAUAUGUAUCGUGUUGGACCCGCCCCUGUGGCGGCGGUGAAAAAUGGUGAAAUAUUACGUCCCUUUGAUUGUGGUUUUGUCUUUUCCGAGGUGAAUGCCGACAAGGUGUACUGGCGCUACAAUGGUCCCUUCCAACCGAUAAAACUGUUGCGUAAAGACACCAUGGCCAUUGGACAUUUCAUAAGUACCAAGGCGGUCUUGAAAUGGGAACGUGAAGAUAUCACCAGCACCUAUAAAUACGCCGAGAAAACCGAAGAGGAACGUAACAUCACGCUGAAGGCAUUGAAACAAUCGCAACACGCCUUUAGCCGUUACUAUUUGAAUGAUACCUUUAACGAAGUGGAAUUCGAUAUGCAAAUGAAUGAUGACAUCAAAGUGGGAGAAUCGUUCACAAUUGUUUUGUGCAUCACAAAUAAGUCCAAGGAGAAGGCACAUACAGCCACAGGCCAACUGAGUUGUGAAUCGGCCCAAUACACCGGCAUUAGCAAUGAAAUGAUCAAAUCUAUACCUUUUGAAGUGGAAAUAGAGCCGGGAGCCACGGAAUUUGUACGCAUGCAAGUUGUAUUUGAGGAAUAUUUCAAAAAGUUGUCAACGCAGGCCACCUUUAACAUAUCCUGCGCCGCCUUGGUUAAAAACACCGAUUAUGAGUACUAUGCAAUGGAUGAUUUUCGGGUACGCAAGCCGGAUAUUAAAUUCAGUUUCCAAGGUGACAUUGUGUCACGACAACCCGUGGAUGUUAUUGUCCGUUUGACAAAUCCCCUACCCAUACCGGUGAGAAAGGGUAUUUUCCAUAUCGAAGGACCGGGCAUCGAUAAGCCAUUAAGGUUUAAGAUUGCCGAAAUCCCCGUGGGCGGUACUGCUGCCUCAACAUUCAAAUACACUCCCCCAUACGCAGGACGUGGAACAUUGCUGGCGAAAUUCUCAUCCAAGGAAUUGGAUGAUGUCGAUGGUUUUAUGCAUUAUGAAAUUAAACCCAGACCUGAAGAUGUUAUCAUGAAUAAUAAUUCCAGUAAUACAAUUAUUCGACGUAGAACCGAUGUGAUACCAUAAGCGAUAUAUAUAGUUAAAUAGUCUUGCCCACGUUUGCUUAUUUGUAUUUGAUUUUUUUGUUUAGUUUUUAAUUUAUUUAUGCAAUCCAAAAACUUUUUCUAAUAAAAUUAGUCAUACACCCAGUCGAA